AGUGAUGCGACUCGCCAUGCAUAAUUGGGCCAGCCGCCAGUACACUGCGACACCUACGUCACGAUAAGGUAGCUGAGCUUUGCUCACCACUUCCUCCGUUCCCUUAACAUUCCUCAGCCGUCUCCCUCGAAGCCCCUCCCAUUAGUUCUCCAACGGGUGCCGCAUUCCAGAAGUGUUUGAGAGUGAGCCGGAAUAGAACGAAAAUAGAACACAAAUACCGGCAGAUACGAAUCCUAAAGAUAACCAGGUUAACAGAGUAUCAUGUCUCCUGUGUUAGUUGUUGGCGGCACGCGAGGCCUGGGGGCGUCCCUCGUCAAGCAGUACGCCGCGGACGCGGGCAACACCGUCUACGGCACCACGCGUUCCGAAGAAGGACCCGAAGGCUUCUCCGAUGCCGUAAAGUGGCUGCCAGGUAUCGACUUGAUGGAUGAGAACGUCGGCAAGACCUUAGUCAGUGUGCUUGGUGGUUCGAAACCGUUGUCGACGGUGAUCAUCACGGCGGGCUACUUUGCGACGGAGGACUUCAGCGCCGAUAAAGGUCCAAACUGGGCCGAAGAGCAGCGCAUGUACACGACGAGCUCCAUUGCCCCUGUCUUCGUCGUCUACGCACUCGCGCACGCCGGCCUUCUCCAAAAAGACUCCAAGGUCGUGCUCGUCUCGUCCGAGUCCGGGAGCAUCACCCUACGACACGAGAAGGAGGGCGGCGGCAACUAUGCCCACCACGCAUCCAAGGCCGCGUUGAACAUGGUGGGCAAGCUGCUGAGCCUCGACUUGAAGGAUAAGGGCGUUAUCAUCAGUAUUGUGCAUCCGGGCUUCAUGCGUACAGAGAUGACCAAGGGCGUGGGGUUCGAUAAGUACUGGGACGAUGGCGGUGCCGUCACGCCCGACGAAGCCGCCGAGAGUCUCAGCAAGUGGACAGCACAGCUUGACAUUUCCAAGACGGGGGAGUACUGGGCGCCGAGAGGUCCGCGUGACAUUGGUACGGCUGAACCGGUUCUUGGCAAGGAGCUUUCAACACCGCUCCAUCUCCCUUGGUGAUGGGUUGGAAUGUUUUCUUUCUGUUUGACCAAGGCAAGAGAUCACAUCGGCAGUCUGCCAUUACGCGCAAGAGACGUUGGACACGGAACACCCGUUGUCCAGACUUCGUCCCUACUCAUGC